AGGUAAAUUAACAUUUUUUUAAUUAAAAAAAAAAACUAGAAUAAAAAGGCAAACAAAGAGAGGUUUUGUCUUCAACAACAACACUUCAACCCCUCCCCCCCCUUCAUAAAAAAAAAAAAGAGAAGCCUUUGUUAAAUCUGAAGAACAAAAAAAAAAUAAUAAUAAUAAUAGUCAAAACGAACGAUGAUGGUUGAUGAAGAUCCUAGCGCAAGCAAUGUGAUAACGAAUACGAAUUCUUCUUCAUCUUCAUCUUCAUCAUCGCCGUCGAUGAAUAAUACUACACCGGUGGUUUCACUUGAGAGACGGAUCAACCGGUUGAUCAAUGCGAACCAAUCUCAAUCACCGUCGAGGUCUAUAUACUCUGAUAGAUUCAUACCCAGUAGAUCCGGAUCCAAUUUUGCUCUCUUCGAUCUGUCUCCUUCGCCGAGUAAAGACGGUAAAGAAGACGGAGCUGGCUCUUACGCCACUCUGUUGCGUGCGGCUAUGUUUGGUCCAGAGACGCCGGAGAAGAGGGAUAUUACUGGGUUCUCUUCUUCUAGGAAUAUUUUUAGGUUUAAGACGGAGACUAAGACUCAUCGUUCUUUUAAUUCGUUUUCUCCUUUUGGUGUUGAUGAUCCUCCUGGUGGUGUUUCUCAUUCUCCGGUCAAAGCUCCCAGGAAAGUCCCGCGAUCGCCUUAUAAGGUACUGGAUGCACCGGCUUUGCAAGAUGAUUUUUACUUGAAUCUUGUGGAUUGGUCUGCUCAAAAUGUUCUUGCAGUGGGAUUAGGAAACUGCGUUUAUUUAUGGAAUGCUUGUAGCAGCAAGGUAACAAAGUUAUGUGAUCUCGGGGCAGAUGAUAGUGUUUGCUCAGUUGGUUGGGCGUUACGUGGAACUCAUCUGGCUGUUGGAACUAGUACCGGGAAAGUUCAGAUAUGGGAUGCGUCGCGCUGCAAGAGAACAAGAACAAUGGAAGGUCAUCGUCUAAGAGUUGGCGCUCUGGCAUGGGGUUCAUCGGUUCUGUCAUCUGGUAGCAGAGACAAGAGUAUUCUUCAGAGAGACAUAAGGUGUCAAGAAGAUCAUGUCAGUAAACUGGCAGGUCACAAGUCUGAGGUAUGUGGACUCAAGUGGUCUUAUGACAACAAAGAGUUAGCAUCUGGUGGAAACGACAAUCGGGUAUGCAAUCUGGCUUGGUCUAAGAAUGUGAACGAGCUGGUUAGCACGCACGGGUACUCCCAAAACCAGAUCAUUGUUUGGAAAUACCCAACUAUGUCCAAAAUUGCAACUCUCACCGGUCACACAUACCGUGUCCUGUACCUUGCGGUUUCACCCGAUGGACAGACGAUAGUAACAGGAGCAGGAGAUGAAACAUUAAGGUUCUGGAAUGUGUUUCCUUCACCCAAAUCUCAGAACACGGAUAGUGAAAUCGGGUCGUCUUUCUUUGGUAGAACAACAAUUCGGUGAAAGUACCUUUCAAAACACACAGACAAAAGUUAUAAGUUACUUCAACAGCUGCCAGCUUUGGAGUUGGUCGACUCAACCAACUUUUUUUCACACGGUCAUGGAGAGAGGCAUUAAAUUCUUUUUUUUUACACGGAUGCAAAAAGAUCUAACCCUUUUGAUUUAAUCACAAUCAGGGUUCGUCAAGAUGCGCGCAACAAUAUCUCAAAAUUUUCCAAAAAAAAAGUGUAUAUCUUUAUUCAAUUUUUCAUCAUAUAUCAAAAUAUAGCCUUCUUUGUAUUUAUUUUUUUACUUACGAACACAAAAACAUUUUAUAGUGAAGAGGCAUAAUAAAUGCAAUAAUUCGUUACCAUUUUCUUA